AUGAAGACGAUUAUAAUGCUAGGGUCACUUGGGGUAAUUGCUGCCUUAACGAGUGAAGGCAUAGACUUAUCCCUAUGCUCAGAUGAUAGGAAGUAUUGCUUUGACGAGCUACAUGGAAUGAUUAGAAGGGUAGGUUCUGAUGAAAUUGCUCCACCAUUUGGUGUGUAUUCCUCUACGGGCGCUUCUAUGGGCGGUUUCUCUAUGGGCCAGGUGGGGAAUCCAGAAGUAUUAAAUACGAGUCUAGCUGGGCAUUCAUUAAAACUAGCCCCAGAGUGUGGGGUAGAGCAGGGCGGCCUAAGUUGUCAGAUAAUAUCGAAUAAAACAACCACACCAACAGUUGCUCCAGCAGUUGCACAAGUUGUACAUGCCACACCAGUUGUUGAAGCCACUCCUGUUCAUACUGUACAAGCCGCUCCUGUUGUUGAAGCACAGGUUGUACAUGCCACUCCAGUUGUUGAAGCCACUCCUGUACAAGCCGUACAAGCCGCUCCUGUUGUUGAAGCACAAGUUGUACAUGCCACUCCAGUUGUUGAAGCACAAGUUGUACAUGCCGCGCCUGUUGUUGAAGCCACACCUGUACAAGCUGUUCCUGCAGUGCAGCCUACCACAGUAAGCACUAUACCUUCAGUGGACAGCUUAGGCGAUGAUUGUAAUGAUAAGACCGUUGUAACAUCAACCCCAACAAGUGUAUGUUAUUCAAAACCAAAAAAACGGUUUGUAUCGGUUAAGUGCUGUAAAACAGUUCACAUACCAGUUAAGGCUAAGAAGAGGAAGUUACCUUGUCUCUGUGCUGAUGGCACUCCUGCAGAGCCUUUAUUACCAUCCGCGUUUUCUUUAUCCCGGUAUACAGAUGAUAUUUUAUAUGAGCCACCCAAGAAAAUAGCUGCAACCCCGGUUACUGUUACUUCAUCACCCACUAUCUCUGCUGUACCUGUUUCUGUUGCUGCACUACCUGCAUCUGUCACCAGAAUACCCACUGAGACAGAGAAUGCACAGAUAUACCUAAACAAUCUGUUAAACGCACAGAACAGGCUAAACAGCAGGAUUGGGCGGAUGAACACUUCAGAGCAUGAUAAAUUAAUAGUGGAACAAGAUAAGAAAUAUAUUAUAAGAGCAGCACAGCAAUUAUAACCCGAAUAGCUGAUUGUCAUUACAUAAAUAAGAAUA